GUUAUUUUGCAAUCCUUCCCAAAUUCUAAAAAACUAUAGUCAGAUUUCAAAAAAUUGCGUCAACCACCAAUCAAAAUUUGCCACAUAGGAAUAGACAAAAGGGUAUUUUUUCAAUUUACAAGAAAACCAGGGGCGGAAACCCAGAAUCCAUAAUUAGGAAAUCUUAAAGCGCCUCUAUAAGUCUCUCAGAAGUAAAACAUUUUGAAAACCCUCUCUUGCCGCUCUUCCUUCUCUCUCUUCUUCUUCCAUUGGUGGUGAGUUUGAUUAGGGUUUGAAAGUCAGCAAUGGCGUUUGAUUCAAGAAUGGAAGGAGGGAUGCAAAUUCUUCCACCUCAGGUCCACAAAACCAUUCAAUUGAUCAAAGAAAUAGUGGGUAAUCAUUCUGAUGCUGACAUCUAUGUUGCACUAAGAGAGAUGAACAUGGAUCCCAAUGAGACUGUCCAGAAAUUGCUUAAUCAAGAUCCAUUUCACGAGGUGAAGAGAAAAAGGGACAAGAAGAAAGAGAGUACAGGGUACAAGCGUCCCACAGAGCCAAGAAUAUAUAUUGAGAAUGUAGGUCAAGGAAAAUUUCGUAGUUUCCCUGAUCGUAAUGUUCGAAGGGGAGGUUACUCUCGAAGUACUGUACCUGAUGCAGGAAUUGGCCGGGAGUUUCGUGUUGUGAGAGACAACAGAGUUAAUCAAACUACAAAUAGAGAUAUGAAACCUGUUUCUCCACAAUUGGCUACAUCUGCCAAUGAGCAAGUUAUCUCAAAUAUUUCUGAAAAGGGCAACUCAACAGGGACUUCAAACAAUCAGAAGCCCUCAAGUGGACGGCAGUCAUCGCAAUCUUUAAAUGGGCCAACUGAUGCACGUCCUGGGAUUCCACAAGAUGCUAAUUCAAGUGGCUCUAAUAGGAAAGAGUUAUUAGAGGAGAGGCAAGCAACCAUUCCAAAUGCAGUUUCGCGAGUGCAGGCAGUGAAGCCAAAUGAUUCUCAACCAUAUUCAGCAUCACUUGCCUCAAACAGUUCUGUUGUAGGGGUUUAUUCUUCUUCAUCGGAUCCAGUUCACGUGCCAUCUCCAGACUCUCGAUCAUCUGCUAUUGUUGGGGCUAUUAAGCGUGAAGUUGGGGUGGUGGGUGUUCGCCGACAAUCUACUGAAAACUCUGUUAAACAUUCAUCCGCACCAAGCAGUUCGUUGCCCAGUUCACUUUUGGGAAGAGAGAAUUCCCCAUCUACUGAACCAUUUCGUCCUUUUAAUGCAAUUCCUAAGAGUGACCAACCAAGGCAAACAACUGUUCCUGAUCCUGUUAUUCCCAGCAUGCCAGUAAACAGAUCUUUCUUGGGUAAUCAGUAUGGUAGCCGGCCUCAUCAACAACCUGUGGGUCAUCAGAAAGCUCCCCAGCCUAAUAAGGAGUGGAAACCAAAAUCGAGUCAAAAGUCAAGUCACAUCAUCCCUGGGGUAAUUGGAACUCCUGCAAAAUCUGUUUCACCUCGUGCUGAUAAUUUGAAGGACUUGGAAUCAGAGACAGCUAAAUUACAAGAUAAGCUUUCACAAGCAAGCAUCAGUGAGAAUCAGAAUGUAAUCAUUGCACAGCAUAUUCGAGUCCCCGAGACCGAUCGCUGCCGGCUUACCUUUGGUAGCUUUGGAGCAGAUUUUGCAUCUGGGUUUCAAGCUGUUGGAAAUGCAGAUGAACCAAGUGCAGAACCUUCUGCAAGUUUAUCGGCAUCACCACCAGAAUCUUCCAGUGAUGAUGGCAGCGAGCAGUUUGAUCUGGCUGCCAUUGAUAUAAAUUCUGGGACUGCUUCACCUGAAUCUGGCGAAGCUUCUGAGCAUCAAUUGCCUGAUAAAAAGGAGUCUUCAAGUCCUCAAAAUUUGGAAAACUAUGCAGAUAUUGGAUUGGUUCGAGAAAGUAGCCCAUCUUAUACUCCAGAGUCACAACAGCAGCAAGAACAUCAUGUCUUGCCGAGUUUUCCUCAUGCAUAUGAUCCCCAGGCUGGUUAUGAUAUUCCGUACUUCAGACCCACAAUGGAUGAAACAGUACGAGGGCAGGGUUUACCAUCUCCCCAGGAGGCCUUAGCCUCACAUACAGCUAACAGCAUCCCGGCAUCAUCAAUAGCCAUGGUACAACAACAGCAACAGCAACCACCAGUGCCCCAGAUGUAUCAGCAAGUUCAUGUUCCUCAUUUUGCUAAUCUAAUGCCAUAUCGCCAGUUCCUCUCACCAGUUUACGUCCCACCAAUGGCCAUGCCUGGCUAUUCUAGUAACCCUGCUUACACUCAUCCUUCAAAUGCCAACAGUUACCUGCUGAUGCCUGGAGGGAGCUCCCAUCUUGGUGCAAACGGACUCAAGUAUGGAAUCCAGCAGUUAAAGCCUGUUCCUGCUGGCAGUCCCACAGGGUUUGGAAAUUUUACUAAUCCAACUGGGUAUGCUAUUAAUGCUCCUGGUGUUGUUGGCAGUGCAACUGGACUUGAAGAUUCAUCCCGGCUCAAGUACAAAGAUGGCAACAUUUACGUUCCAAAUCCACAGGCUGAGACAUCGGAAAUUUGGAUCCAGAACCCGAGGGAGCUUCCGGGUCUUCAAUCUGCUCCAUACUACAACAUGCCUGCCCAAACCCCUCAUGCUGCUUAUAUGCCUUCCCACACAGGCCAUGCAUCCUUCAAUGCAGCUGCAGCAGCAGCCCAAUCUUCUCACAUGCAGUUCCCCGGGCUGUACCACCCUCCUCCACAGCCUGCUGCAAUGGCAAGCCCCCACCAUCUAGGCCCUCCCAUGGGUGGUAACGUUGGAGUUGGGGUGGCAGCAGCAGCGCCCGGCCCUCAGGUGGGUGCCUAUCAGCAGCCUCAGCUGGGUCAUCUCAACUGGACCACAAACUUCUGAUACCAAGAAAGUAAUGCCUCACCCAGUCUCCAAAUCCCUUGCCAAGGGACUGAAGAAGUGUUAGCUAUAGAAGUUGCUAGUUUUUUUUUUUUACUUUGUGAAAUGAGAAAAACCCAUAAUCAUCUUUUUCUAUUUAAAUGCAUCAUGUUUUUCAAUUUCCCAUUAA